AUGUCACAAACAGAUAAUACAAUAUUUGUAUCAAUUGCAAGUUAUAGAGAUCCUGAAUGUCAAUGGACAAUCAAGAAUUUAUUUGAAAAUGCAGAUCAACCUGAUAAUGUAUACAUUGGUGUAUGUUGGCAAUACGAUAUGAAAGAUAAUCAAGAUCAACAAUGUUUUGUCUAUACAUCUGAUAGAUUUGAUAAACAAGUUAGAAGAAUUGAUUUACAUUUUACAGAAGCAAAAGGACCAUGUUUGGCAAGACAUUUAGCACAAACGUUAUGGAAAGAUGAAAAGUACUUCUUACAGAUUGAUAGUCAUAUGAGAUUUAUCAAGGGUUGGGAUAGCAAGUUGAUAGAGAUGAUUGAGCAAUGUCCACUUUCCAAACCAAUCAUUACAUGUUAUCCAAUGGGAUACACACUACCAAACAACGUACCAAAACAUACAUACCCUACAGUGUUGGUUGCAGAUCGAUUUGCAGAAGACACUAUGAUUCGAAUGACUGGUAAAUUGAUUUCAAAACCACUCAAACAACCUUUUACAUCUAGAUUCUGGGUGUCUGGGUUCUCAUUCUCAUCGUCGGCAGUCAUCAAAGAAGUACCAUACGAUCCUCAUCUCGACCACCUCUUUUUUGGUGAAGAGAUGAUCAUGACGGCAAGACUUUGGACAAGUGGUUGGAAUUUCUAUAGUCCUCCCAUUGCAUUGGUAUUUCAUCUCUGGAAACGUGACUAUCGUACCACUUUUAGAGAUGACUGUUCCACACCAGUACACCAAGCCAUUCAAAAGGAAAAGGAACAACAGAGUAGAAAUAGAAUCAAUCAUAUUUUACAAAACCAAGUGACCGCCAAUCUAGACACCGAAUCCAUUCAUUAUUCAUUGGGUAGUGAACGUACACUUGAACAAUACAAACAAUUUAGUGGAGUUGAUUUAAUUAAAAAGGAAAUCAACCAAUUUGCAAAAUUGGGUGGUAUGCAUGAAUCUGAUUUCUUAAAUUCAAUCAUUGAAUUGGCUAUUAAAUCUCAACAAGGUGUACCAAUAUAA